UGUACAUCGAAAAAAAAAUUAAAACAUAAUAAAAACCCUAUAUAAGUAGUGUGACAUCAUUUGAUUAUAACAAAAUACAGAACACAAUUACUGCAUAAAACUAUUUAGGUAAAAAAAAGGGCUUGAGAACAUCGAGCUAAAAAGUCAAUUGUCAUUUAUUUUUAAAAAAAAAGCCAAAAACAGUCAUGGGAGAAAGCCGAAACACAAAAAUUUUCAUUUUAGUCAGUUUAGCAAUAGCGAUAUGCUUUACAGUGGUAGCAAUUGCUGAAGAUAAAACCCUUACAGCCGAACAUAAAUCAAGUUCGUUGAAAGCAUUUCACGCAUUCUACUUCCUCGCUCUCAUCGCUUUCAUUGUGGCGCUCGUACUAUAUGCAGUGACUAUUUUCAUAGAAACUCGAAAAAUCUUGAGCAUUGGAUUUUUUGUCGCGAUUGUAAUAGGAUGUAUAUGCUGUAUUAUCAGCGUGAUUAUGUAUUAUCAAAACUAUUCCAGCUCUCACAUGAGUGUUCGGCCACAUUCCAGCUCAUGGUUACUCGGCGUUAUUUUGGCUUCGUUUCAGCUUGUUAUAUUCGUAUUCAUGUAUAUUCUCUACUGAGAAGUGACUGGUUUUCAUAUUUACAAAUCAUGAAUGUUAUGAAGAUGGAACAUUAUUUACCUAGUAUUAAACUUAAUUAAAUGAACACAGUUGAUAAAACUCCAGGUUCUUCACACAAUUUUAUUUUGAUAAAUCAUGAACUUCACGAAUGAAGUAAACAAAAAUAUUUCAUAAAUGUCAUUCGCAAAUGUUUUUGAAGUAAAUCGUUUUAUUUAUCUCAA